AUGCUUAACAGAUAAAGAUAAAUUGAAAGGCAGUUGAAUUCAAGAAGAUCAGAUUUGUCUAGAAAUAGUCAAUUAAUGUGGUAAGGUAGCUUGGAGAGAGGCAUUAAUAGUAAAGCAGUCAAUGAAAACGAGACCGAAUAAGAAAGUAAAAAAUAAAGUAGCCAGGACAAGAUAAUUGAUGCAUGUGCCUACUCUGAAUUGUCUGCAGGUUUUAUUUUUUACACAUCUCUAGUCAAAAUCUAAUCUAUUUAAGCACAUGAGUCAAAGGAUAAAGGAGAUGAUGAUACUGAAACUAGAAAAUGUAUUAAUCCUAACAUUCUUCAUUUCACUCUCGCUUAGUCGAAGGUUAAGCGGCGAUCAAUUUGUUAUACCAUAAACAGCAAGCUGCUUUCCAUUGGCAUUAGUGUUAAUUCAGAGAUUUUUAUGAGAGACGGCAUAUUUGAAUUUGAUGUAAUUGUUUUACUAUGGCCUUGUUAUGGAUUUAUAGCCAUGACGUUUAUAUUUUUUAUGGGCAGUCUGCUUCUUUUUGUUGGUUCUCUAUGUAGUUAGCAUUCUUAAAACUCAGAUGAGUAUGAUUAUCAUCAGAAGUAUCAAAAUUAGGUUCUUAGGGAUAAUGGCAUUAAAGUUCAAGAAGGCUAAAGUAGAUUGCCAGAAAAAGAUUAAACAUUUAGUUGCUCAGUAGCUUUUUGGAUUAUGAGUAAUUGUGGGUAUUUUUUGACAUUCUCUAUUAUGGGAUUUUUCAUCUUGUUGAAGUAGCAAAAGGAGUAAGAAAUUAUGACGAAAUCAUAUUAUACUCUAAUCAUUUUUCCAAUUUGCAUUGCUUCAUAUAUUGCUAUUCAGUAUCAGUAGAUUUGUAGAUGGUACUAUGUAAAGAUCAUUAGGCCAUCAAUUGUUAGCGAAUUAAGAUAAUAAUAAUUGGAAUUCGAGAGAAAUAGAGAAUAGCAGAGAGGCUCUGGUUUUGAAGAGAGGCAAUAAGAUGAUGAAAAUCCAGAAAUAGCCUAGCAGCAAGUACAUGAUGCUGAUAUCACAGAACUUAAUAAAAUCUAAUUAAUAGAUGAAAAUCCUGAACAUAAAGAAAAGGUCUUAAGAGCAGUUCCCUUAUUCCUUAUUAAAAUAUCAAGAAGUUAUUUCCAAAAAGUCGAGUAAUAUUCACAAUAGUUCUUAGAUAAAGUUACAUCAUAGAUUAGCCAUGCUUAAAAAAAGAAAUAAAAAAAGCAAAAUGAUUUGUUAAGCAUGGAUUUUGCAAUUCCAACAGAGAGAAAGAAUUUCAAAGGCUUUAAGAAAUAAUAAUUUUUGUAGAAAAAGAAGUUGGAUGAUCAUUAUAUAACUUCAAAGCAAAGACUAGCUAAGUAUCUUUAGGAAAAGGGAAACAUUCAAUAGCCUGAUGCAUCUAAGUCUCCGAUUUCGCUGGAUAAAUUAUCUUGCAAAUACGAAGAAAAAAACAUAGAUUCUCAAUUGGACGAGUUGCUUGAUGAUUACUCAGUCAGUUUGGAAUAAAAAGAUGAAUAUAAGACUAAAGUAGAGACAUUCGAUUUUACUAAGACUACUCAGAAUAAAAUUUCCUAAGAAGUUAAACAAGAUUCACUUAAAAAUUAGGAUGAAGUUCUUAAAGAUGAACUUGAUAGAUUCUGCCUUACAAGUUAGCUUUAGGUAGAUAGUAAAUCUUUGGAAUGCUCAAUAUCUUCCUAAAAUUAAUCUGAAUGCUCAGUAUAAAAUAGCAAUAAGAAGACAAAACAAGCUGCUCGAAAGAGAAGGAGAAAUUCAUUUGAUUUCCAAAUUAUUAAAAAGGUUUAACUUGAGAUUCCUGACUAUGUAAAUCCUCAAAUACUUAGACAAAAAAUUAUUAAAACAAUUUAAAAACUGAAUAAGGAAAUGGGUUUUUAACAUUCUGAGUCAGAGGUAAACACUAAGAGACAAUCUAUAAUCCCAAAAGAAGAACUCAAGAAAGGACUACAAAACAUCGAAGAAGCAAAUCUAUAAAGUUUGAAUGAAAAUAAACUAUGUAUGCUAUGCUUAGAGAGAAAAUCCGAUGCUGUAGUAAUGGAUUGUGGUCAUGCUAAUAUUUGCUUUUUUUGCGCAUUCAAGCUUUAUUGA